UACCAAAAAUGUGGCUGAUGGACAAAAUCAGGGACAGGGUGGAGAGCCUUCCCCAGGAGCUAGCUCACCUUGUGGCCAAGGCAGACGCCUGCCUCUCUCCCAAAACCACGCUUUCAAAAAAUCUGAACAACAACAUCCUAACUCCAGACAAGAUCCCAGAGUUUUGUCUCCCCCCAAAGCUCUUCAGGAGGAAGAGCCUAGCAUGGAACCCGGAGGGACCCCAAGAGUACUGCUUUCCCAGUGGGGCUCUACUUCAGAAGAAGAAGAAGACAUCCCAAGACACUACCCAUGAUGAGGAGUCCUUCAGGGAUGCUUGUCUGGGAGGCACAGCGACGGCCAAGACACGGAGGGUGAGGCCUCCCCCGUUCUCUGCCGAGGGCUACGGGCUGGCCGGUGUGUACGAGAGCCCAAACACUCGACGGAAAGAGUCCUUGUUUCAUGGGACGUGUCCUGGUUACGUGUUCGAUAGGAGCCAACGGUGUGCGAUGCAGGUGGCAAAUCGCACACAGCAGGCGCAGAGGAAAACCUUAUCGUUACCUGGCCUUCUCCCAUUGUUUCUGGGCAAGAGGCUUUCAGAGACAGGAAGUACAGAGAGCGAAACCUCCUCUUCUUCUUCUGACUCCACUCCCAUCGGUUCUCCUUACAGUACCGGCUCUUCCCUCCACGUAUUGGUGGAACGGGCAGGGGACCCUGUUAGUGAAGCUGCAUCAUCUUCAUCCUGUCACCUGGUGGUUAAUACGAAUACCAGAGCACACAGGUGGAGGCCUAGAAAUGAGCAUUCGACGGGGCUCCACCGUGGCCUCACUUCUGCUCCGGCUGCUGCUGCUGCUGCCGUCACCUCGGGCCCUGGGGCCCGCCUAAUGACCCUGGUCCCGCCCACCGUCCUCCCCGUGGACACCCUCCAAUGCCAAAAGCCUCUUCAGCAUGAGCACAGCAUCCCUCUUCUGGGUGGCGGCUAUGUCCGGCUCUCCACAGAACGUAUUCCGUUGCCACUCUCCUCUUCCACUUCAGGCACCUUCACAGUACAAGUCCGGGUGGUGUCGGUGGAGGGCCUCAUGCGGGAUGAUGCGGACCAACGACCUUUGAGCUGCGCUUUGAGCCUGUGUCUGGUCCCGGGGAAGCUGCAGCUUCAGAAGAGUGCCACCAUCAGGAACUGUAGCCACCCUGUGUUUAACGAGGAUUUCUUCUUCACAGAGCUGAGUGAGGAGACCCUUUCGGUGCUGGAAUUGAGGUUGAAGGUGAUGGAUAGGUCUGCUUCGGGAACGCUGAGACGAGGGGCGGUAAGGGCAGUAGUCCUAAGACCACUCAGCCAGCUACUCCCUUCUGAGGUCAAAUACACAUUAAGCGCAUUAUAAAGCUAGCCUAGAAAUGCAUUUUUGUAAAAAAAGAAAUGUGGUGUCGUGCUGUUACAUUUUGUUAUAAAUGUGAAAUUAUGAAACACUUGUAAUAGUAAAUAUCUGUUUAUGAAUAUUAAUAAGUAGUAUACCACCAAGAAGUAACAAAGAGGAAAUAUUAUGUAAGAAGAUGGCAUGCUAUUGUUAGACCUAUAAGAGGCUACACUCACAUAGUUUCGUUAGCAGCAUUAUACAACUGCACGUAAAAACGAUGAUUGAUUUGUCCUGAUAAUAAAAUGCUAAUUCAAAAUUGUGUUUAACGUGCUACGUACAUAGGCGUUUUAAUAGUCUUCGUCAAGACUAUUGAAACGUCAGGA